CAGCGCGAGCCCAUCAGUGAGCGCGCAACAGGUUCCUGUCCUGUCAGUUUCAAAGCAACGCGAGGAUUUCUCCUCCUCCCGUAUAUAGUUUGUUUUUCCUUCGUAUAUACAAGGAUAUUUAAAACCGUAUCUUGAAGAGCAGAGCAGUGUUUUACAAACGUGAUGAGGAGUUAAGUUUUAUUUUUUUCUAAACUUUUAAAGUUUGGUUUCAUGCCGGGACGCUUCAGCUUUACUGUCGCGUGAUGGCAAAGAAAUCUCACGUUCUUCUUCUCGUCGACUUUCUUCUGACCAUCAGCCUGGUUAUAGCGAUAGAGCACAGGUUUGAGCCUGAUCCUCCGACUCUAAACAUCCCUGGAAAGACUUUUAAAAUCAAUGCCUCGGAUACACUACAGAUCACCUGCAGGGGGCGCCAGAUUCUGGAGUGGUCUACACCUUUCAACCGAACCCGUUCUGAAAACCGACUUAUCAUAUCAGAUUGUAGUGGCGAUGGGAUGUUCUGUAGCAAUUUAACCCUCUCAAAGGCAGUAGCCAAUGAGACCGGAGAGUAUCGCUGCUUCUAUAAAAACCUCCCCAAAGAGGAUGGGGCCACUUCUGUUGGGAUUUAUGUCUUUGUACAAGAUUAUCGCAUGCCAUUUGUCCGAAUGGCUCAAGAUUUUGACGUGGUGUUUAUUCAAGAAAGAGAGCGAGUGGUCAUUCCCUGCGUGGUAUCUGUGGAGGACCUAAACGUCACACUCUACACGAAGUAUCCAGUAAAAGAAAGAGCCACUGAUGGGAAAGAGGUGCUUUGGGACAGCAAGAGAGGAUUUAUCCUCGACAGUCAUGUGGUCAGCUAUGCCGGUGUAGUCUACUGCGAAACCGUUAUUCAAAACGAGACCUAUCAGUCCUCAUCUUACAUUGUGGCUGUUGUAGGAUUCAAGAUCUAUGACCUCAUCCUGAGUCCAGCUCAAGAGAGGCUGACGGUGGGAGAGAGGCUUGUGCUAAACUGUACCGCUCAUACUGAGCUUAAUGUGGGAAUCGACUUUCAGUGGACCUUCCUUCAUGAGAAGAGCAGUGUCAACAUCUCAAUACCACGGUCACGUUAUGAUAAAUCCAACCGGAAGAAGCUGUGGAACUCCUUAGAACUGUCCAAUACCCUCACUAUAGAGAAUGUGACCAUACAUGACACAGGAGAAUAUAUAUGCACAGCCUCCACCGGUCAAAUGCAGAAGGUUGCACGUGCCUCCCUCAUCGUCUAUGAGAAGCCUUUUAUUGCGCUGAAUGAUCAGAUGUUUCAGACUGUGGAGACGACCGCUGGCCUUGAAGAGGCAAAAAUCCUUGUUAAAUACUAUGCUUAUCCAGAGCCCACUGUCAAGUGGUAUAAAAACGACCAGCCAAUAUCGAAGGAUGAGUACAGGAUGAAGCCUGCCAGAGGAUCUCUUACUAUAUACGGUGUUACUGAAAAGGAUGCUGGAAAUUACACAGUUGUCAUGACAAAUAAAAUCACCAGAGAGGAGCAAAAGAGAACCUUUCAGCUUUUGGUUAAUGACCAUCCUAAGAUAUUAGAGAAGGAAGUACCUAUGGAUCGAGAUGUUCAUAUGUAUGGCAGUAGCCCUACACUUAGGUGUACUGCUAGCGGUGGAUCCAGUCCUGUCACAAUACAAUGGCAGUGGAUGCCCAGGGAGGACUGUCCAAUCAGAUUUGAACCCAAGGCAGAGCAGAAUGUGGUGAAGUGUGACAAAUGGAGGGAGAUAUUUAACAACACAGGGAAAAAUCCCAUCGGCAGCCCCACAUCGAUCACUGACCGCUCUCUAAAGACUAUUAGCACACUGAAGAUCCAGAAAGCAGUUGACCAUGCUCUUUACAGGUGCAUUGCCACCAACAAGAUGGGAAAUGAUGAGAGAGUUGUUGUGUUUCAAGUAGCUCGUUUUCUAAGUCUAAGUGUGCUACCCUCUAACAACCCUAUUGAGGGAGAAGACGUGGUAUUGCGCUGCAUAGCCGAUCGACUGCUCUACACUAACUUGCGUUGGUAUCGAGUAAUAAACAUAACCAACCCGAAUGCUCUUCAAGCGGCCGUGCCCUGUGACACCCUCACUUUGGUACCACCCCUCCAGCCAAAUGUUACCAUAUUAGGCCUGCAGGGCACCAAUACAACACUGGACCUGCUCAUUUCAAAUGCCGCUAUGAAAGACCAGGGCCUCUACGCGUGCCAGGUGGAGAACGGGCGGACCAGUGAGAGAACAUGCCUACUUCACAAUCUCAGACUUAGAGCUCUUGAGAUGUCCAGAAUUGUGACCAAUCUUACUGACCAGAGGGUAAAUGUGAGCGACUCCACGACUCUUGUGUGUGAGGUGUCUGGAACGCCAACCCCUCAUGUGGUGUGGACGAAAGACAACCACACUGUCAUAGAGGGAUCAGGUGUGAUUCUUAAAAGGUCAAAUCGUGUCUUGACCAUCCAACGGGUGAAAAAAGAAGACAGCGGUCUGUAUGUAUGUACAGCUUGUAACCAGCAUGGCUGUGAUUCUGAUAAGGCCCGUAUCAUUGUAGAUGGUGCUGAAGAGAAGAUGAAUGUUGAAUUGAUCAUGCCCAUUGGUGCUGUGGUCAUCGCCAUGUUCCUCUGGCUCCUUAUUGUCUUCGUCAUUCGCAACAGGAAACGGCCUAAUGAUGGAGAUCUAAAAACCGGCUACCUGUCAAUGAUCCUUGACUCAGAUGAUAUGCCAAUGGACGGACACUGUGAGAGACUGACCUAUGAUGCCAGCAAAUGGGAAUUCCCUCGUGACAGACUGAAAUUAGGGGAGCCGCUGGGCAGAGGAGCAUUUGGUCAAGUUGUAGAAGCGACUGCAUAUGGUAUUGAGAAGGCCACCACCUGCACUACGGUUGCAGUGAAGAUGCUUAAGGAGGGUGCCACUGCCAGUGAGUACCACGCUUUGAUGUCUGAGCUGAAGAUUCUCAUCCACAUUGGGCACCAUCUUAAUGUGGUAAACCUUUUAGGAGCCUGCACCAAACAAGGAGGACCCUUGAUGGUGAUUGUGGAGUACUGUAAAAAUGGUAACCUCUCCAGUUAUUUGAAAAGCAAGCGAGGAAAUUACAGCCCAUACAAGAAGCGCACGCCACGGCAGAGCCAAAGGGAGGUACGGCAGGAAGUGGACUUGUGUGAGGGGGAUCUGGGUCUGGGAACUAGUACUCGCCUGGACAUCUGCACUGGCACUGCGGUGUGCACCAGACUUGGAGAGGAGACCAAUACAAACCAUGUGCAGGAUGAGCAAGAGAGUUCAGACUGGGAUCAACUGACAAUGGAGGAUCUCAUCAGCUAUAGCUUCCAGGUUGCCAAAGGCAUGGAGUUCCUUGCCUCCAGAAAGUGUAUUCAUCGGGACCUGGCAGCCAGAAACAUCCUACUUUCUGAGAACAAUGUGGUGAAGAUAUGUGACUUUGGGCUGGCCAGAGAUGUUUAUAAAGACCCCGAUUAUGUCCGUAAAGGAGAUGCUCGUCUUCCUCUGAAGUGGAUGGCACCCGAGACCAUCUUUGAUCGUGUGUACACCACGCAGAGUGAUGUGUGGUCAUUUGGUGUGCUGCUUUGGGAGAUCUUCUCACUGGGUGCAUCGCCGUACCCGGGUGUGUGUAUUGAUGAAUCUUUCUGCAGGAGGCUAAAGGAAGGAACCAGAAUGAGAGCUCCAGACUACGCCACACCUGAAAUAUACCAGACUAUGCUGGACUGCUGGCUUGACCGACCUAAAGAAAGGCCAACUUUUACUCAGUUAGUUGAGCACCUUGGAAAUCUGCUACAAGCCAGCGCUCAACAGGAUGGAAAGGAUUACAUCCCAUUGACAAACGGAGAUGUGGAAGAGGAUUCAGAGGCCCCUCACCUCAAUGCUACAUCUAAAAUAACUUUACAAGCGAGCAGAACGGAGGCCCAGCUCCACUAUGAUAAUGCUCCACCUAUGGGGUUACCGCAACAGACAAACAGUUGUGGAGUGCCAGUAACUAUGACGACUUUUGAGGACAUCCCCCUGGAGCACACUGCAGUAAUGAACGGUCACAUGGACCGUGGAGUGGGCUUAUCACGUGAGCAGAUGAAAGCUCUGGAUCGACAUGUGCAAAGAACACCAAAUUUCAGCCCACUUCUGCGGUGCAAAAGUAAGGAGUCUUUAGCGUCCGAGUCAUCCAAUCAGACCAGCGGCUACCAGUCUGGCUACCACUCCGAUGACGCAGAAGCUCCCAUAUACGCCAAUGAGGAAAUGAUUCUGAAGAGAGACUUCCAGAAGAAACCUCAACUGCCCAGGAGAGACGAUAAGUUCCUUACGGACGUCCGUUAUAGUGCACCUCCGGUGUAACAUCUAGAUGAGCUUCAGACUGUGUUCCUCCUUCACAUUAAUUGUAACAUCACACAGAAUCCCUUUAAGCUCAUUUCAUACAAAUAAUACAGGUGCCAAAGGGCAGUUUCCUUUCUAAAAUGAGUAGCGACCUACAAUGUCAUUUUUCAUAUUAGGUUUUCCUGUCAUUAGCCGUAAUGACUUCAUAUGCACUGUAUGCACUGUAUCAUCCAACAACAACAAACUGUUGAAUCGACUCUCAUCUAAUUCUUUGAAUUGUAUGUGUAAGGGAACCACUCACACGUUUUAACCUUUAUCUUUCAUUAUACUCUGUUUCUGAAAUAAAUGUAAUAUAUUGUGUUGGACCAGACUGUUUCGGAGGAGAUAAGAGUUUUAUUUUAAUUCUUAUAAAUGCCUUUUUUUUAGAGAGAAAGCCUUAGCAAUACAAUCAUGUUUACACAGACUGCAGAGCAAAAGUGGCCUCUCGGUGUGUCCACGGCACUUCCUGUACAGAGUCACGCCCACUUCCUGUCGCACAGGAAAUGUUAACUGGAAUGUUAGACAAUUAAGUAUAUGAUUUUUUUUCAUUAUUUGUUUUCAUCUUUUGCAUUCUCCGCAUUCAAUCUCAUGACCAAAAUAUAUUUUUCUUGGUGGGCCUUUUGAUUGUACAGUUUGUUAUGAGGGCCUUUUGUCUGUGUAUGAAAAUGCCAUAAUGAUUUAGUAAUACACAUUUUUAUUAUUAGUUUUUUUUUUUUUUUAAAUAAAUCUCUUGCCAGUCAAAAUA